AAUGAGCCAAUGAAUGGAUCCAACCACUCUGUGGUGGCUGAGUUUGUGUUCCUGGGACUCUCCAAUUCCUGGGAGAUCCAGCUUUUUCUUUUUUUCUUUUCUUGUCUUUUCUAUAUGUCUAGUAUGAUGGGAAACCUCCUUAUAGUGGUCACCGUGACCUCCGACCCUUUCUUACAGUCCCCUAUGUAUUUUCUGUUAGCCAAUCUCUCAAUCAUUGACAUGACAUUUUCCUCUAUUGCAGCACCUAAGAUGAUUUGUGAUCUUUUCAGGAAGUGGAAAGUCAUCUCUUUUGGGGGCUGUAUAGCUCAGAUCUUCUUUAGCCAUGCUAUUGGAGGCACUGAGAUGGUGUUACUCAUCGCCAUGGCCUUUGACAGAUAUGUGGCCAUAUGUAAGCCUCUCCAUUACCCGACCAUCAUGAGCCCACGAAUGUGCAUUUUGAUUUUAGUAUUUGCCUGGACCAUUGGUUUCAUUCACUCAUUGGCCCAAUUAGCUUUUAUGGUAAACUUGCCCUUCUGUGGCCCUAAUGAAUUAGAUAGCUUUUACUGUGACAUACCUCAGCUCAUCAAACUUGCUUGCACAGAUACCUAUAAACUGGAGGUCGUGAUCAUUGCUAAUAGUGGGUUCAUUUCCUUGGGUUCUUUCUUCUUGCUCAUCUUCUCUUACAUCUUCAUCCUGGCCACUCUUCGGAAACACUCCUUAAGUGGUUCAUCCAAGGCUCUUUCUACUCUAUCAGCUCAUAUUAUUGUGGUGGUUUUAUUCUUUGGUCCACUGUUUUUUUUCUAUAUGUGGCCCCUUCCUUCAACACAUCUGGAUACAUUUCUAGCCAUAUUUGAUGCAGUUUUAACUCCUUUUCUAAAUCCAGUAAUUUACACAUUUAGGAACAGAGAGAUGAAGAAAGCAAUGAGGAGAGUGUUCAUUCAGUUUAUGGGUUUUAGAAAAAAAUCACUAAAUGGCUUUAUUGAAGCACAAAAUUUCCAGGUGACUAUUGAUAAAUUUUCUGUCCCUAAUAGCCAAUUCUCAUGA